AGGAAAACACGCACCUGUGCUGUUGAUCUUACUUGCACGUAUUAAAUCAGUAGACUAUAGUUUUGCGAGUGCGCGACAAUGAAAUACAAUUUGCGUUACAUUGCAAACUCCGAUCUCACCUAGUCUUCUUUCUGAUCGUUUUCCGUUUUUACAAUUGAAAUUUCACCGAGCGAGUUCGUGCGUUUCUCGCUCUUUUGACACUUCAUUAUUUCCACCACGAUGUAAGGUGAUGGUGAAACUUCACCGGAGCGCUCACCUGUAGAAAACAAACAACACGGCAGAGUUUAUUCACCGUAACGGCGCGGGAAGGGUGAUAAAUCAUGAAAGAGAUGCUGACGAAUCAAACCACUGCUGGAUACAGUAAUUCCUUCGUCAACAACAACAACAAUAGAGAUGCAGGCAGCAGUAUUACAAACGACAACAACUCGAGGAGAUACGCUAUGGUCAGCACCGAGUGGAUCUCCGCUAUCGGUGAAGAACUGGGUAUACAUCCAUUGCCGGAUCCUCUGUUGAAGAGGCUAGCCGAGGAUGCUUCCUAUCGCCUGAGAGAAGUCCUACACAAGUGUGUUACGAGACUGAGGCAUAGUAAAAAAAGACGACUCACAUCUACAGACGUAAAUGCUGUGAUUACUAGCUUGUGCGAUGCAGAUCCGGUUCUUGGCGCGCCAGAACUCAUGCCGGAAUAUCACACAGAGGCGAAGGUGUACGUGCCUAACGAAUCCAUCGUCAGUCUCACCCAUCCCAGUCAGCUGAACGAACCGUUGAAUCUUUCUCAAACCAACGUGCCAUUUCUGCAAGAAUCCGAGAUAUGUGACCUGAAACUCACGGAAGCGCGUCACAAUUACGCAAAACGUGCGCUGAAAACUUUAUUCAACGGCUCGCAUAAAACUUUCCAAGUCUUAAUUAACGAUUGCGCCACGAAUGUGCAAUUAGGCGACGAGGGAGUCGUGGACAAAUUGAUGUCUAUCGCCAGGUCUCUGGUGAUUUCAAACAACGCGCAAUACACGCGCGUUUCCACGCGGACGUGCCAGCUUAUUAUUGCUAUCGCCAACAAUAGCGAAGCUGUCUACCCGUAUCAUUUAAAUUCGGUGGACAAACUGACUGAGUUAUUGUUAGAACUUCUGUUGGGCCAGAGCUUCAUUAAUCCAAAUCUGGAGGUACUCUUCAAGGAAUGCGCGCUCAAGUUGAUGCUUCGGUGGCCGUCUAUUGCCGAUAAAUAUGUGCCCAUAAUGGAGAGUGUCUUGCUGAAGGACGAAAAGGAGAGCGUUGAGCUGAACAAAAAGAGGGUAAUGGCCGUGGAGUUGUUGGCGAGCAUCCAGCCUCUCAGAUUUUUCCAGCGUAACACCGAACACGUGCUUUCUGUGCGGAAGAUUUUGCAUCUAUACGCUACACCCAGUUCGUCUAUCUGGCAACAGAUAGCUCUGGCCACGUGCGCCCUCGUGAAGUCGCGGAAUCAUUCGUUGGAGCUCGCCACUUUGAUCGAGCAUUACGGUGAUUCGUUGUUGCCGUACCUGCCAGCGAAUUACGACGGUAGCACGAGGAAGAAAGCCAGCAGGAAACCGGGCGCACUGCCCAUCGUAAUCAAAGGUAAAAUGAAGUACGUCAAGGUGAGACCGUUGCUGCACAACAGGACGCUGUGGGACCGGCAAACCGCGUUCCCGGACUCCACUCUGAGAGGGCCGAGGCGGGAGAUCAGGUUCGCGUUCGCUGGCGGCCGUCCAGUCCCACCCAGCAACCUGAGGCGGGUCAGUUUACGAGCGAACUACCAGAUUCUGAGAAACGAGCUUCAAGCCACCCUUGCUCUAGUCGCGUCGCGCAGGCUCCUCGUGGUCAAGGACAAAGAGAGGAAGCGCCACGACUUCUACAAUUUAGCACACGUUUUUCUAUAAGUCCACGAUCGUGCUGACAUAAGCGAGGGAAUUUUGUAAAUAUCGCUAUUAUCUCUCAUUUAUCGUCCCAUCUCUUCUGUACAAAUGUUCGCUAAUUGUAACUUGUAUAUACAGGAUGGGCCGUUUAAAAUGUUACAUACUGUUUUCUCUGAAAAUACGCGUCAUAGCAGAAAAUGGUUUAGACAAAAGUUCGAAAGGGGCGGAGAGAGAUGAAGAUUUUGGUCUUGGAUGGACAUACCGAGGUCAUUUUCAAGGACUCGUGAAUGUUUUAUAUGGAAAAUUGAUUUUUGUAACAUCGAUUCUUCUAGUCAUUUUACGUGUAAAUGUAUUUCACUAAGAUCAUCGAGAAAUGAAUACUUUUCAAGAUAUUUUAUAAUUUAUCUAUGAUCUCUUUUAGUAUAUGAUAUGAAAUAUUACUUGUAAAAGUAUUCAUUUUUCGAGAACUUUAUCUUGAGACUUUUGCGUAGAAUGACGGAUAGAAUAGAUUGCUGGAAAAAAAAACAUAGAGAAAUCUAAAAAAAUCGCUGCAUUUUCCAAAUGCAUUGAUGCAUCAGUGUGCAAUUAGUGUCAUUAAACGGUUUCUCCUAUUCUCUUACGUAUAAAAGUAUUAAAAUGAGUUAUCAAAAAAACGAAUAUUACACUAGAUAUUUCAUAUUUCUUUUUUUCUGUAUUGUGAUAAGAACUAGACGAAAUGUAAAAUAUCUCGCAAAAUAUUCAUUUUUUGGUGAUUUUAUCCCAAUAUAUAUUUAUGACUAGAAGAAUCGAUAUGUGUUACCAAAACCAUGUGAUAUCAUUUAAAUGAUUCAUGAUGAUCCUAGCACGUCCAAGAUCAAAUUAAUGCACUCAUCUCUUCUCCCCCUUCGAACCAAACAGCCUGUAACACUUAAAAUGGCCCAUUCCGUAUACUCUCUCGUUAAAAUUCAAAAUUAAUAUUUAUCCAUCGCGUCCUUCUCAUCGAACUUCCGAAUCACUGGUUGAUAAUAAGACUGUUCUUUUUAGCUGAACUAGUGUACGCACUGAAACAUCGUUCUUUGACAAGAUUAAGUUUUAUAUAUAUAUAUAUAUAUAUAUAUAGUUUCGCUCCAACAGAAAGUACAAUCUAAUUCAGCCCAAAAAAACAGACCUAAUAUCGCUGAUCGGAAUAUUACAGCUUUCGAGAGACGAAAGAGCCGCAUGGUGGGUGGUUCGUCUUACUCCUCCGAUGCGAACGUUUGUCUGUUUCGGUCACGAUGAGAGAGAAUGAAAUUUUAUCCUACCGUAAAUGUAAAUAGCGCUCAGUGGAGGCAAGAAUAUAAAAUGAGAUAUGAACUCGCACGUUCAUCAACUACAAUCUAUAUUGUACACACGAAUUCCCCUUUUUUUAAGGCAGUCCUGGGGACCUGGUAUCCGCGUACAUACCGAAUAAUGCGAAUUAGUCAAGCAUAUGAGAUGAGUAUGUACUUCGACUGGCAUUCGUAAUAAUAAGAUUUUUUUAAUUU